UUGUGUGCGUCGCUGUUUGUAUUUGUGAGAGAUAAAAAUUAGGGUCAUUUUGUCUACACGAGAGAGAGCAACUUAUGACAUUAAAAAGAUGGUGAGGGAGACGUGAAGCUAUAAUCCAAUGUUCCAGAGGCCGAAAUGGCAAAAUCAUCAACAAACACUUCGUUCUUUAAUUGCAGAUGAAAUCGACAUGAAUUCCUCAGGAAUUCCUACCUAACAGGCCUACUUAUCUUUAUCACCAUUAUUUGUUGUUCCUUAGUGUCAAAUAAGACAUUAUGAAUGAAGAGAAAACGGAACGUCGUAAAUCAUGUCAGUUCUCUGGUGUGCGUUACCUGUUUUCCCUUCUUGGCUUCUUGGGUUUUUGCACUCUGUAUGCCAUCAGAGUUAAUUUGAAUGUCGCCAUAGUAGCUAUGGUUAACCGCACAGCAGUCUAUGGAGAAGCAGACGAUAAUAGUAAUUCUUCGAAUGAAUGUCACGAAGAGCUUCCCGCCAUACUCAUCAAUGAAACCAUUCCAGAUCUACCAAGCAAGGACGGCGAAUUUGUCUGGUCUCCUAAUCUGCAAGCGGUAGUUUUGGGAGCCUUUUAUUAUGGUUACUGCAUCUCGCAAAUUCCAGGAGGUCGUCUAGCGGAGAUAUUCGGCCCCAAGUGGGUGUUCGGCUUUGGUACUCUCAUCCCAUCAUUGCUGACUCUACUGACGCCGAUUGCAGCGCAGUGGCAUGUAGGAUUCCUGGUCACUGUGAGAGCCCUGGAAGGACUGGCACAGGGUGUCACCAUGCCCGCUAUGCAUUCCAUGAUGGGUCGCUGGCUUCCAGAAUCAGAAAAAAGCUUGCUAUCCACUGCAGUUUACGUUGGCAUCAACAUAGGAACUGUCGUCACAAUGCCCUUGGCGGCAUUUCUCUGCGACCAGGGACCAUUCGGGGGUUGGCCUUCGGCAUUCUACAUCGUUGGUCUUUUUGGAUGCUUGUGGUUCGUGUUUUGGAGCAUUUUCGUCACAGAUUCACCCCAGGAACAUCCCUAUAUCACGAAGAGUGAACUAAAGUACAUUGUAUCCGACCAGAAAAUAGAACAUAAUAUACUGCUGCCCCCUAUUCCAUGGACCAAAGUGUUAACAUCUGUGCCUUUCCUGGCCCUGAUCGUGACACAGAUUGGACAGGAUUGGUGUUUUUAUACAAUCGUCAAUGAUUUACCAACGUUCUUCGCAACCAUCUUGCAUUUUAAAGUCCAGAAAAAUGGUUUUCUGUCUUCCUUUCCACACCUUUUGCAGACGAUAGUAGGUAUCCUAGUGGGGUUCAUAUCAGAUGCUUGCGUUCGACGGAAGCUAGUGACCGUCGGAUUUGCCCGGAAAUUUUGUAACACUGUUGCGUGCCUCGGUACGGCAGCGGGACUCAUCGGCGUCUGCUUAGCAGGAUGUGACGUCACUCUCCACAUCAUCUUUUUCACAUGCUCACUGGCCAUUGGAGGAUUUUGUUAUUCUGGUUACAUGCUCUCACAUCUGGACUUAUCACCAGAAUAUGCAGGGACCCUGAUGGGCAUAGCCAACACCAUUUCGAAUCUCACCGGCUUUUUGGCGCCAUUAGUCGUAGGAAGUCUGACUGAACAUUAUCAAACACUUCAUCAAUGGCACAUCGUGUUCUACAUCACAGUUGGCGUUCUUCUGGCAACUGGGCUCGUCUUUCUGAUAUUCUCGUCUGCGGAGAAGCAGCCAUGGUCUGCCCCAACUACAACCUACACUCUUCUGCACUCUUCCUCGGAGCAUAAAACCCUGCACAUACAGACUUCGUAUGGAACUGUGUAAAUUGUGACAUUUUUACUGUGUUAUUUAUUAAGAAUAAAUUAAUUUAUUAUGUG